AUGGAAAGUUAUAUUAAAUCAGUAAGGGAACAACUUACAAAAAAGAAAUCAAAGUCUAAGAAAAUUAAAAUAGGACUGGAUAAAUUUGAUUCGGAGGAAGUGUUUUCCAAAUUAAAAAAGUUUAAGAACAAAAUAAAAAAGGGGAAAUCCCCUCAGGUUCAAAAAACUGCUUUAAAACCUAAAUUAGAAAAAAAAGAUAUCAAAGCACCCAAAUCUCAUUUAAUAUUGAGUCCAUCGAGAUCUGAAUUGGAAACUGAAACAAAAAUUAAACAUAGAAGGAAUAUUUCAAUGGAAAAAAUAAUUUUUCCCACUAUUAAAAAGAAGAAGAAAAAUAUUAAAAAGCCCAUGAAAAGAAGUGUUUCAGAGUCUUUAAUGACAACCCAAAUGGAAACACAGAGAUUAAAUAAUAGUAAGGAAAUUACACCAAAAAAAGUAAAGAAAAUUAAGGUUAACCAACUAAAUGUUUCUGAUGUUUGUCCAGUUAACAGUAAUUUUGAUAUUGAUGAGUUUUUUGAGAUUCAUUCUUCAUUUACAAAAGAACCAGAGGAUGAUAAAAUUGUAGAAUAUGAUUUCGAUGAUGAGGAUAAUAUUUUUGAAUCAUUUGAAAAAGCAGAAAUUUUAGACCCUAUGACCCUUAAACCUUUAGAUUCUGAAUGUUCCAGUGUAGAAAGUGAAACCAAUUCACCAGCUGUAGAAGAAAUAUUACCUAUUUUUUCAGCAAUUAAGUCUGAAGAAUGUUUAUCUCAAAUUUCAGAAAGUUAUGUGGUAGAACUACCAACCUAUUCUUCAUAUGAUUUGACUAAAGGAAAGAUUCUGAUUAUAGAAAAAAAUAAACCCAUUGCAUUACAAGGGUAUGUAAAAUUGGAUGUAUACCAUGGUGUAUUACAGAUUUUUGGAAAAACUUUCAAAGAAAAUCAAAGUUUAAAUGUUUAUUCUCCCAGAGGCACUGCUUUAUUUACUUUGGAAAACACCACAAAGUCUGACAUUUCAACAAAUAUAAAACUCGGCAAAUUACUGCCCAAACUGAAAGAACAUGAAAAACUCAAUGAUGUGAAUGUUCAGAAAAACAGCCUAAUCCUCUAUUGCACACAAAUAAACAACCCAAAAGUAUUAUUUUUGGAAGAACACAUCUCACAACAAAUAUUCCCAAAACCAUACUUAAACAUGCCUGCUAUAAAUUUAAACCCAGAAAAUACAAACACCCUAAAAAUAAACCCAGAGUGGGAUUCAACAUUGAGCAGAAUUGAGGCAAACUCAAAGUUUAUGAUUGUGGGGGGUAAAGGUGUGGGAAAGAGUACUUUUUUGAGGUACUCCAUUAAUAAACUCUUGGAGGUCUUCAGCAGGGUUAGAGUUAUAGAUUUGGAUCCUGGGCAGUCUGAGUUUACCGUUCCCGGAUGCUUGUCUAUAUUAACAGUGGAUAAAAUGUUGUUUGAGCCAAAUUAUUUGCAUUUGAAGAAGCCAGAAAUAUCAAUACUGUCAAACAUAAAUGUAGGAAACGAGCCUGGCAGUUACAUAAGAGCGGUAAAACACCUAAUAGAAAUUAACAACAAAAUGGAACCGCUUCCAACAAUAAUAAACUACAUGGGUUUUAACGCUGGUAUAGGCUUAAACUUGGUCUGCAGCGCAAUAUUUUACGUACAACCCACACAUGUAGCCCAAAUAAACAGUCAAAUACACAAGAAAAACUUCGCUUGUCCGCUGACAAUUGAAAAUGUUGGGAAAAAUUCAACUCUGUUCUGCUGUGAUGUUAAAAUGAGCAUGCAUUAUGAGCUUAUUACCAUUUCUUCCAUGACUGAUUUUAAUGAUGCUUGGAGUCUGGAGCCCAGGCAGAUGAGAGAAAUGUCCAUAUUAACAUAUUUUGGUGAAAUGAUGUCUGAUGAAGUUCUUUCCAUUACCAAUCCCAAUAUUCCUAUGUUUGAAACUUCCUUAUCUUCAGUAAAAAUUGUUGAUAAUCAAGGAAAACCAUCUGAUCCAUCGACUGCCAACGCAAAUUUAGUGGCUUUAUGUAGCUUACAAGAUGAAAACUUUAUUUGCCAUGGAUGGGGUAUUGUAAGAGGAAUAGACUGUUUAAACGACAAAAUAGUACUAAUUACUCCAGAAAAAGCAAAAAUUUUGGAUCUGGUUGACUAUUUAGUGGUAGGAUGUAUGAAUCUACCCCCUACAAUUUACAUGAACACUAAAGAAUCCUCCGGAAUGAUUCCAUAUGUUAUGGAAAGCGAACUUGAUGCUUUAUCACAGUUCACCAAAAGGGUAUUCAAGCCCCCUCAUAAAUAA